CGCUGCUUACGUCACUAUCACCCGCCGGAAGCAGCUCAGGGUUUGCGGGUUGCCGCGGCGGCUGCACCGCGGGGUGGCUGCCGCUAUGCCGGUCACCGGGAAGACCUUCCGCCGGCGCCGGGCCGACUCUGAGUCGGAGGAAGAUGAGCAGGACUCCGAGGAGGUUAGAUUGAAGUUGGAGGAGACCCGAGAGGUCCAGAACUUAAGAAAGAGGCCCAACGGGGUGAGUGCUGCCGCCCUGCUGGUGGGUGAGAAGGUGCAGGAAGAGACCACGCUAGUGGAUGACCCCUUCCAGAUGAAGACGGGAGGCAUGGUGGACAUGAAGAAGCUUAAGGAAAGGGGCAAAGAUAAGAUCAGUGAGGAAGAAGACCUGCACCUGGGGACAUCGUUUUCCGCAGAAACCAACCGAAGGGACGAGGAUGCAGACAUGAUGAAGUACAUCGAGACAGAGCUGAAGAAGAGGAAGGGCAUCGUGGAGCAUGAGGAACAGAAGGUGAAGCCCAGGAAUGCCGAGGACUGUCUGUACGAGCUCCCCGAGAGCAUCCGCGUAGCCUCAGCCAAGAAGACAGAGGAGAUGCUGUCCAACCAAAUGCUGAGCGGCAUCCCCGAAGUGGACCUGGGCAUUGAUGCCAAGAUCAAAAACAUCAUCUCCACGGAGGAUGCCAAGGCCCGCCUGCUGGCAGAACAGCAGAACAAGAAGAAGGACAGCGAGACGUCCUUUGUGCCCACCAACAUGGCCGUGAACUACGUGCAGCACAACCGCUUUUAUCAUGAGGAGCUCAAUGCCCCCAUCCGGAGGAACAAGGAGGAGCCCAAGGCACGGCCCCUGCGAGUGGGCGACACGGAGAAGCCGGAGCCCGAGCGGUCCCCGCCUAACCGCAAGCGGCCAGCUAACGAAAAAGCCACUGAUGACUACCACUACGAGAAGUUUAAGAAAAUGAACAGGCGGUACUGAGAUCCCCGGAGGUGCCCACAGAGCUCCCAGACAGAAGCUGCCGCGGCUGCUGCCACCAGUGAGGCGUCACCCGCACUGGUCAGGAGCACAAGGCGUAACUCUUCCACUGGACGGCAGACUGACUGAGAGCGCUGGUGAAGCUUGCUGUAAGAUGUUGACCUCCGCUUAGUGCUUGCUCCAGGAGGAGGAGCCGUGCAUGCUUGGUGCGCUGGUCCCCUUCAGAUCACGCCUAUAGACUGAGGCUGCAGCAGGUGAGGUGGCUCGCACCUGUAAUCCCGGCACUCUGGGAGCCCAAGGCAGGAGGGCCUCAGGUUUGAGCCCAGCCUGGGCAAUUUAGCCACCCCUGUCCAAAUUAACAAACAAGGGCCUGGGUUUAAUCCCCAGUAACUCCAAAAGCAAGAAAACACAUCAGUUAGGGUUAGGGUUAGGGUCCAGGGGACCACAGAAACGUCUAGGGUGGGAUUUUCUGACUUUUACAAAGCUACAUUUCAUUGACAAGGAUAAAGGAAUACUUCCUGCCCACGUUAAGAAUUUAAUUAUUAAACACAAACUGAAUCCA